AUGCCUCGAUUCGCCGGCGCCUUUAGCCGGCGCAAGUCUGUCGCCGACAAUCUUGAAAAUGUCGACCUCAACGCCCCUGCUCAGCCUUCAUUCAAGGUUCUGGAACGCAACACGCAUGCAAUCAGUCGAUCCUUCGAUGGCGGUGCCAAGAUGGUGGCCCCCAAACCUCCCCAGCACACUCUCCUGAGGCCCGUUCAUGACCCUCAUGAGGACAACAUUUUUGCCGACUUUAAGACUAGUCGAGGCAGUGGCCUUUCCAACACCACGCAAGCCACCUCGACCGAUAAUUCGUCUCGCCACAGCAAUGCAUCGACUGCACCAUCAUCCGCCGACAUGCACGGAAACAGCUCGCCCAUUGAGGCACGCCAGGCUACCAAGGCAACCACACCUCCUGAAGCCGAUGGGCCUGCUCGUGGACCCUCGACGAAAUCCAUUAGUGCAUCCUUGUUCAAGGCUCAUCGCACCUGGUCAUUCGGGGGCCAGAAAAAACAAUUCGUUCCGCCUCCUCGAGAGGAACCUGCUGUUCCUGACCUGCCACCAAUGUUGACGAUACAAACUGGCUCUGCUAGCGUCUCGACGGAACCAGUCAAAUCGCCGCCAACCCCCAGCUCUCCCGACCAGAAAAAGGCGCUAGACCUGGGUGGGGACUUUGGAGCCAUGUUUUCCAACCGUGGUCUCGACACCGUCCGCGAAACUGCCUCCAACCCCCGAUCUCUUACGGGAAACCGAAAUAACACCAUGCCUGCUUCAAUGCCAGAGCCUGCCCGAAGCUCGGAAUCCACACCGACAGCUACCUACCCUACCGAAUACAAGAAAUCCACGCCCUCCCCUGUUCUCGAUGAGGAUGCCAAGCUCCUCCGCGACUCCUUCACUGCCAUGAAGUUUCUCGACAGCCCCAACGGUGACAAAGGCCUGUCUGCAACCGAAUCAUUUUACAGCCGGCAGCCCCGAAACGAUCCUAUCGCCCGCAAGCCGGUCACAAUCGCCGAGAGUUUCACCAAAGACAAUGACGAUAACCUAUUCGAGGGCCGUACAUAUUCUUUUGCUAGGAACAACCACAGAUAUAUUAGCCAGCGUACCGCCCAUCCUCCCCGAAACAAGGUCAUGACCCCGGCUCAGUUCGAACAGUAUAAGCAGGACAAGGAGAGGCAAGGUAUGACUGUCAAGGCGACGGGCCCUAUCCCCCCCGCUAGUCAUGCACUCCCGCCCUUGCCGCCCAAGCAAGAAGAGGACGACGAAGACGAAAUCAACUACGAUGACGAUGAGGACGAGGCCGAGAAGUCCAGACAGCAAAUCAAGCAGCGCCGUAAGCAGGAAGCUCAUAUGUCUGUCUAUCGACAGCAGAUGAUGAAGGUCACUGGCGAGCAUGCUGCCCCUCCCGUUGCCCCUGCGCGCCCCAACCUGCCUGCAACUAUGAGUGCUCCUCAGCUGUCGACGAUGAAGCCCCAGUCGAAUGCGAUUCCCGGUGCGUCUGACGAAGAGGAAGAUGACGAAGUUCCCCUGGCCAUUCUUCAAGCGCACGGGUUUCCUGCUAAGAACAGGCCUCCCACCCGCCUGAGCGUGUCUGGCUCCAAUCCGAACCUCCGAAGCUCUUACCAGCCAUCGAUUUCUCGUCCCCAGUCGGUCGUAGGCGACGUUUCGACCUCUGCUAACCGACGUUCCUCGGGCCUCCCAGCGUUUGCCCGCGGCCUCCCGCAGGACCCUUUCGUCGGUGCGUCCAUCCACAAACCGCUCGUUCGUGAGUCGCUGUCCUUCCAUGAGGGCCCUCGUAACAGCCAAGGCCCUCUACACCCAGGCGGCCUAGUUGGUGUCAUUGCCAACGAGGAACGAUCGAGGGCUCUGCGCCGCGGUAGUCCAAACAUUGGCGCCGGCAGGCCCCUGCCGACAAACAUGUACCCGCAAGCUGGACCUGGUGGUUAUGAUCCUGUCGCUGGUAUUCCUCACCAGAUGAUGUACGGUCAGAGUGGCAUGAACGACAUGGGUGGCGGAAAUAUGAUGCCGGGAAUGAGCUCCGGAGAGCAGUCCCAGCAGCAAAUGACGCAGCAGAUGCAGCAGUUCAUGCAAAUGCAGAUGCAGUUUAUGCAGAUGAUGGCGAUGAACCAAAAUCAGCAGCACAAUCCUCAAGGAAUGCCGCAAAUGUCGCAGAUGUCCCCGAUGCCUAACGGUCCUUACCCAAUGCAACAGCAGCAUGGAGGCUACGCUGCAGCACAGUCUGUGGGCAACCUGUCGUCACGGCUAUCAGUCAUGGGUGUGGAUCCAAUGAUGGAUCGCUUUGAUCCCAAUAUGCGCACUAUGAGUAUGGUCCAGCCUCCUCCGCAGUUCAUGGGUCAUCAUCCUGGCUAUGCAGGUUCUACCCACGGCUCUAUCUCUGGCGGCAUGGGAUAUGCGCCCUCCAUCGCACCCUCUGAGCGCAGCAAUGUCGGGCUGCCUGGCCGCUACAGACCCGUGUCUCACCUUGCUGUGCCGGGCCCCAAAGUUCCCCCGCACAACGAUCCCUCCUUCACCGUGUCCGGGGGCUUGGCAAUUUCUGACGGCAACAAAAGCCGUUCAUCUCUAAACGUGUCUCGAAAGACGCCUGAUGGAUCCGACGACGACGACGAAUCUGGCUGGGCAGCUAUGAAGGCGAAGCGCGACAAGAAGCUAUCGCUUUGGCACAGGAAGAAGCCCCUAAGCGGCGAUCUGACUAACGAGCAGCUGGCCGGUAUAUAA